GCUGCUGCCAGCCAUAAAUCAGGUGCCGAUGUCCUUUUUCAUAGCCGACAGAAAGCAAAUAUGCAAAGGUGUGUGUGUGUGUGCACAGAAAAGGAAGAGGGGGCUAGCUAGCAAACAUGGAUUCAAGAUUUUCCUCUCCCCAGUGGCUGUGCAAAGGAAUGAAAGGUCUGCAUCAAGCUGAGGUGGAAGGGUUGCAGGUCACUGUGCCAGAGAAGAAGAAGGUGGCCAUGUUAUUUCAGCCUGCUCUGCUUCGCUGCCAUUUCUCUACUUCUUCCACCCAACCAGCUGUGGUACAGUGGAGGUACAAAUCCUACUGCCAGGACCGGAUGGGAGAAGCUCUGGGUAUGGUGACUUCUGGUUUGCAAACAAUGAGCAAGAGGAACCUGGACUGGGAUCCCUACCUGGACUGUGUGGACAGCAGGAGGACAGUCCGUGUCGUGGCCUCCAAGCAGGGAUCUGCCAUCACCAUAGGAGACUUCUAUAAGGAAAGAGACGUCAGCAUUGUCCAUGAUGCAGACCUGCAAAUUGGGAAGUUGAUGUGGGGAGACAGUGGCCUCUAUUACUGCCUUAUUAUCACACCUGAUGAUGUGGAGGGCAAGAAUGAAGAAUCAGUGGAGCUGCUUGUUCUUGGCAGGACAGGGCUGCUUGCUGAUCUCUUGCCCAGUUUUGCUGUGGAGAUUAUGCCAGAGUGGGUCUUUGUGGGCCUGGUGAUCCUGGGGGCGUUCCUGUUCUUCCUCCUGGUGGGGAUCUGCUGGUGCCAGUGCUGCCCACACAGCUGCUGCUGUUACGUCCGCUGCCCCUGCUGUCCUGAGUCCUGCUGCUGUCCCCGGGCGCUGUAUGUAGCAGGCAAAGCAGCAAAAGCUGGGUACCCUCCUGCAGUCUCUGCCAUGCCAGGUCCAUACUACAUCCCCAGUGUUCCUGUAGCUGGUGUCCCAUCUCCUGCUGUGCUGAUGGAUAAGUCACACCCCCCUCCCUUAGCCCCAAGUGAGGCCAGUGGAGGAAGCCAAAAUGCAGUGCGCAAAGGGUACAGGAUCCAGACUGACAAGGACAGGGACUCCAUGAAGGUGCUGUACUAUGUCGAGAAAGAAUUGGCUCAGUUUGACCCGGCUAGGAGGAUGCGAGACCGAUAUAACAACACUGUCUCUGAGCUGAGCUCGCUGCACGAGGAGGACCUGAACUUCCGCCAGCCCUACCGGCAGGCGCGGAGGAAGCCUCUGCCCCCCGCGGGGGACGUGGACGGCGACGCCGAGUACUGGGCAGGAGUCGUGGGCGGCGGCAGCACCUCCAGAUCACAGGCUGUGUCUGAUUACAGGGAUGAGCGGGACAGCUACUGGCACAGCCAGCAGAGAUCCAAGUCGGAGAUGCUGUCCCGCAAGAGUUUCUCUGUGGGAGUGCCGGCCGUGUCCAUGGACGAGCUGGCGGCCUUUGCCGAGUCCUACAGCCAGCGCCCGCGGCGGGCGGACAGCCAGGAGAUGCGGCGCUUCGAGCGCUCCGAGUCGCACGGCGGGCGCGGCGGGGGGCUGCCCCACCAGGACAGCUCCCUGGAGGAAUACUACACCAAGCGCUGCAGGGGCAAUCGGGAGCCGCUGACGGACUCGGAUCGGGGCUGGUCCUACAGCCCGCCCCGGAGACGGGCCCACGAGGAGAAGCACCUUCCCAGGCUGGUGAGCCGGACGCCCGGAGGGAGCCAGAAAUACGAUCACUCCUACCUCAGCAGCGUCUUGGAGAGGAAAUCCCGGAGCUAUGACGAGAGUGGCGACCAUUGUGCGACCCCCUCGAAGCUGAGCUCGCAGCCCAGCCAGAGAGGAGGCAGCACAUACUACGCCUGGUCACCACCCUCCACCUACAAAGCCGAGAAGUCGCAGCCGCCGCCGCAGCAGUCGUCGUCCCCCGAGCAGGACGAGGAGGAGGAGGACAGCCUGCCCCCCUACAGCGAGAGGGAGCUGAGCCGAGGCCCUUCCUACAGGGCCAGGGAACAGGCCUACCUCAAUGCCUCUGACAAGAAGAGGAAAAAGGACCCCAAGAAAACAAAUGAUUUUCCAACAAGGAUGUCCCUUGUGGUUUGAACUUGUUGUGGACCUGUCAUUUUGAUGGGCUGGAUGUCAUGAAGUGACUGCAGUGGAGAAGAUGCAGAGCAACAAGCAAGACAUGCCUCUGUGAACCUUUGCAGCCAUCAGCCAUGGACUGUUUCAAUUUUUUGUUUCAUCCAGGGGAGCUGAGGCUUUUGUAAGAGACAGACUCCCAUGGACAGCACUCAAUCUCAGAGGCUCUGGGACUCUGCCAGGAAAAUGAGGCUAGGGCUCUCUUUGGCACCCUGUUUUCCAGUGCCCUCCAUUCUGCACUGGACGGCAGCCACACCCCUACUACCCCUGCAGCCCUCCCUGCAGCCCUGAACCACAAGUGAGGCUGCCUUUGUGCCUCUUGCCCUGUCCCAUGUGCAGAAGGAGGCCUGUGUACCUCUUGCUCUCUCUGUCUGCUCAGUUCUCUGUUUGGAUCAAAAUUGUCUCCACACUUAAAGCCUUUUCUGUAUCACCCCUGUGCUGGGAGGAGGCCUUGUUCUUACAACUGCAGACUGCCUCCAGCUGAUCAGGCCCUAAAUCACGAAAGAAAAUCCACAUCCUUUCAGACACUGCAAGAAAAUGACUGAUGUUACCUUGAUAAGGGCUGAAUGGGGAAAGAGACAAUUAUGAGUUGGUUUGUUCAAUAUAUUUAGUUCUGUUCGUUGUGUGA